ACUGACAGAGGACAGCAGGGCAUAAAACCCCAUUCUCAGAUCUCUGAAACGGUAUUGGUCACAUUCCUGAUUGCGUGACGAACACGGAAGUUAGGUGUUUCUUUGAAGUGAUGUGAACAAAAUGAUCGGAGAUCUGUUGAUAUUCGGGACCUUACUGGUGAAUGCAGGGGCUGUGCUGAACUUCAAGCUCAAAAGAAAGGAGUCCCAAGGAUUUGGAGAUGAGUCCAAAUCACCGACAACAGGUGACAACAUCAGAGAUUUUCUGCUCAGCCUGCGAUACUUUAGGAUCUUCAUCGCUCUCUGGAACAUCUUCAUGAUGUUCUGCAUGGUCGUAUUGUUUGGGUCCUGAUCAACAUUUUUGGCGACUGGACUUUCAUCAGGAUGCUGUUUUUCCAAGUUGGAUGCUAUAAACUUUUCUUUAGUUAGAGUUUGUUGUUCUUUUUGCCCUUUUUAACUGUAAUUAUUCUCCAUUUUCUUCACAACCCCAAAUCAUAAGUCUACUUCUGGCUGUACAGGAAUUUAUGAAUCGCUGUAUUUAUUGUCUUACAGAAGUUGUUCCAUGUGUACCCUUUGCUUUUAAGCCCUAACUGCACCAACACCCUUGCCUUUGCUGAAUACAUGUUUUUGUUGUGUGCCCCUGUGCUUCAUUAUAAAACAUGAGUUUAUUUUCUC